CAGCGGCGGCGUGCCCGCAAACGGAGCGACACAGGCGUCGCCAGCGCACACGUGCCAGACGGCGGUCGCUUCGAGCCAGGCCGCGUUGGAAGUACGUUCUCCGUGCGCGCCUUCCGCAGUGAACGAGGAUCGACGCUGUCUAACACCUGGUUUCUUCGUAAUCGCGACGGCUCCCGGGUCGUCGUGAUGCUGCCCAGAAAUGGCGCUGACUCCCACCAGAGUUGGCUGGUGGCGGCAUUCUCCAGCUGGUUUCUGUUCAUGGCGUGCAUAGCGCAGCGCGUCUUCGGUGUCAUCUAUGUUGGCAUCUUGGAGACGUUCCAGGUCACUAGACAGGAAGCAUCUUGGCCAAUGAGCAUCAUAGACCUGCUUACUAGCCUCUCCAACCCAGUUUUCGGCUACCUGUGUUCGCGCUUUUCCUGUCGAGUGGUUCUGCUGUGCUGCGGAUUCGUUGGCCCACUUGGAGUCAUCCUCUGCUACUUCGCCCCCAAUGUCACCUUCAUAGCUGUCUUCUACGGAACACUUAAUGGUGUCAGCAUUUCGGGCACAAUGACGGCGCUCACGGUGGUCUUGGCGCAGCACUUCGAGAAGCGACGAGCCACUGCCUACAGCGCUGUCUUCACCAUCUCUGCAUUCAACACGUUUGUGUUCCCUCCCCUCGUCGAGCUGCUCCUGUCCACGUACGGGCUGUACAGCACGUUUCUCGUUCUUGGCGCCAUCUGCCUCAACACGUUGCCGGCGGCCAUCGCCAUAGCCAGCCCGGAUUCUGUCGAGCCUAAGUGGGAUAUAAAAAAUGCUUCGGGCGCAACGCCUCCUCGGCUUGAAGAACUUGUUGCUCUCCAUGAUCGCAGCGAAGAGCCGCAGAACGUGACUCGUCGUGAAGAAGAAAAUACGCCAAAGGCUUCAGGCGUCUUCAAAGGCACGCUGAAGAACUUUACCACACUUCGUUUCUGGGUGGACUCGAUGUCCUUCUGCGUCAUGUAUUUGGCCCUGUCACUGUACUUGACGCUAGCCGUAGACCUCGCGAAGGACAAGGGUGUCGCCACGACCAGAGCUGUAUUCCUUCUGCACGCUUUCAGUGCCGGCGACGUCGUUUUUCGCGGUGUGUCCGGUUUAAUGCUCGACUCCGGUGCUCUCAGCGCCGACGGCGUGAUGCUGCUCGGCUUCGUCCUGCAAACGGUCGGACUUGAAAUUCUGGCGUCCACGGCCACCUUGCCGAUGCUUAUCGUCGGCUCACUCAUCAUGGGCAGCGGCAACGGACUGCGCAUGCCGAUGGCGGGCGUGGUUCUCAUAAGCGACUUCGGACUCAAGCCACUCCCGCUGGUGUUCGGCGGAUUUGCACUCGUCUGCGGUCUCAACGUGUGGGUCCGCGCGCCGCUCAUCGGCUACUUCAGAGACAAGCACGGCGCAUACGACGGUGUUCUCCACGUCGUGGGAGCCUGCUCUUUUCUUUUCAUCGUUGUUUGGACGGCGCGACUCUGCCAAAAGCGAUUGGGAUCAAAGCAGCUGUCUGUAAGACUGUGAAUGCAAUAAAGUGCGCUUCCGGGGAGAACUGACUGCCCCCUUGAAGUGUUGUUGCUCUA